AUGAGCCUCAAAAAUUCAUUUCAGUUCACUCAAACAGAAUCAGUCAUUUCCCUGAAAAAAAACAAAUUAACGCCGAGCACAAAUCGACACGAAAAUGGAUGAUGAGGACGAGGGGGAUUUCUUGCCACCGGCAAACACCAAUACUUUUGCAAUACCCAGGGAGCCGGACCUGCUGGUGGAAUAUGAGCUGUACAAUCCCUCGAUGGCCACCCGGCGGCUGCACAGCGAGCGCAAUCGGCUGCUCUACACGGAGGCCUUCAUCGAGAACGAGCGCCUGGGCACGCUUUCCGAUCUGUGUGUGCGAGCGCUGGCCAAACUGGGCUGUCGAUUUAUCCCGCCGCAAGUGCGGCAGGAUCCGUUGAAGAUGCGCAUUUUCUACGAUGCAUUGGAUGUUAAUAUGCCGCUUCAGGACUGUUACUUCGUAGAGGACUUACGCUUCUGGCGUCGCGUCGUGCUCGCCAAGAGCUCCAACAAGUCGCUGUCGCUGAAGAAGAUCGACGAAUACGACUGGAAGGGCAAUGGCGUGAGCCUCAAGUAUGUGGAACUGGUGGAGGCCUGCCCGGCCGCCUAUUGGCCGGAGCAGAAGAUGGCGAGCCUGGGCCAGUUGGUGCGCCCCUAUGUGCGAACGCUGCAUAUCAAGCAUCUGCAAUCGCUUACGGACGACGCCUUCCAGCACUUCGUGGAAAGCGAGUCGGAGCUGGAUGUGACGUCUGAGGAGUCCGGCAUGUCUGAGAUAUCCAGCGAUGAGAGGGACACGCCGGAGGAAAGCGAGGAGGAGGGUGAGGAGGAGGAGCAGGUGAUGCCGGCUCCUCCUCCAAGCAAGGCCCCAAAGAUAACUGGCUCCUCAGUGCGCAUUGCUGAGAACUUGAAGGUGCAGAUGAUUGAGGCGAAUGACUCGUCGACUCAGAUUGGACUUUACCAGAAAUCGCCGUCGACCAUCGAGUUGGAUCUGAAGCGCAAGCAAGCGCGCGCGGCACGCAAUGCAGCGCGCCAGCAGUUGCGCGAGCUGCGGGCAGAGAAGCGAGCCGAGCACGAGCGGCGCAAGCGGCAGCGUUCGUUAUUGCGGAAAAAACCCGAGCCGGAGCCGAAGUCGAAGAAGAAAAAGAAGAAGGCCAAGGCAGGGCCCGUCGAUGAUGUCUUCAACAUGGAUGUGCCGCCAGAGCCGCCCGACGGUGAGGACAAAAAGCCAGACGGACGCAACAUUGAGAAGCUGCUGCGACGCUACAAGCGUUACGACUAUCCAGCCAAGCAUUGCCAUCACAUUGACCUCAGCUUCGUGCGCUACUUCGAUCACCUCGUCUCCCUGACCAUCGAGUUCCUCGGCCCCGAGAUGGGGCGCAACUACCACAAGCGGCACAUGAACUUCUCCUACGACGACAUGGUCCACCUGGGCAAGGGGCUGCAGCAGUUGUCCCAGCUGAAAGUGUUUCGGCUGAGGAACAGUCGCAUGGAUCACAUUAAGCUGUUGAUACUGGCGCGAGUCCUAAAACAGUUGGACGCGCUGGAGGUAGUGGACUUUGGCUACGAUCAGCUCACCGAUCAAAGUAAAGUGGCCAUCGAAAUGCUGCUGGAACGGACGCACAUGCUCAAGGCGCUUGAGCUGGAGUACAACAGGCUGGAGCGCACUGUCAUAGUCUCUAUCGGCCAGGCACUCAAGUACCAUGCUAUUCAGAAUCCCGAUGGCGCUCCCUUGGAGUAUCUGGGCCUGGCCCACAAUCCGAUCAAUGAAAUGGGCUUCUCCUCGCUCAUCAACGACAUCAUCGGCACCAGGCACGUGCAGGAGCUGAACAUAAAUGGCAUCGAUACCGUUGCCGUCCGGCUGGCACCGAUCAUCAGCACGCUGCUGCGCGCGCACAGUCCGCUGCGCAGCCUGGACAUGGCGGCCAUUAAGCUCAACUCGGACGCGGGACACACGGUGAUCUGCGGCUUGCAGACGAAUCACAAGGUCACGCACUUCGACUGUCGUGCCUGCUGCAUGGACGAGGAGCAGGAGUACGAGGCGGACAUCAUAGUGCGGCGCAACAACUUCGAGCUGCAGCAUACGUACCUAGGGGAUGAGACGCAAACGGAGGAGAGCUUGCUGAAGUUUUUGGCCGGACUGCGGCAUCCCAUUUUAACGAAGAUCGACUACGAGAUGGCGAGGCGUGACGAGUGCAUCAUAAAUCGACGCUGUGAAACGUCCAGUGAGAAUGUGGCCUCUGAGGAGCAAGGUGAGGAGCAGGUGCAGGAGGAUUUCGAUAUUUGGACCAUGUUCGGGGUCCAGAAAACAAGUGCCCCCGAGAACCUCGUGUCCCAAUCCGAGACAUUCUCGAAUCGCAGCGAUCGCACAUUCGUCUACAACUCGAAUGCGUUCAAUCUGCAGCAGAUCCGCGAGCAUCUGUAUUUGCCGGGUCCCGAGAAUCGAUACUUCUACUUCCAAAGGCAGAAGGAAAUGUUUAACAAUUAGUGGAGAUAGGUGUAAUGUAGGAAGGUGUCUAGAUUUAUUUAGUUUGAAAUAUGUAGAGUAUGCAGAAUGACAAUAUAAAGUACAUAGAGUCUACAGAGGGUAUAUGUAAUAUGUAGAGUAUUAUGGCAAAAUUAAGGGUGAGUUUCCAAAAUGUAUAUGUAUAUACAGUAGAAUCCGGGUAUAACGACUGCGCUUAUAGUAUCUGUACGGUUAUAGCGACGAUCCCCAGAAAAAAUUGUUUUAACAUAUGGUUAUAGCGCCUUCCGGGUCCCUUGAGUGUCGUUAUAGCCAGAUUCUACUGUAUAUAUAUAUAGGAUAAUGUAAAAAAUUAGGCUUGGUAUAUACCCCACAGUCCCAGAAGUAUGAAAAAUAUAAUAUGUAAGGAUAAAUGUAUGUAUGUACAGAGGAUCUAUAGAGGUUUCAAAUGGAAUAUGAAAUAUACAUAUUUCUUAAAUAUGGUAUAUAAAACAUAUUGAAUAUAUACAAAUAUAUAUAGUGAAUAUAUACAAAUUAUAGUAUAGUUUAAUGACGAAUUAUGGUAUAUAAAAUUACAAACCGAUUGGAACAUGCGAGCCAUAAAAUCAUCACUUGCAUUCCAUGUAUAAUGGGCAUAUCCGUUAUUGUAAUCAUUCGGGGACAAGUCGACAUCAGAUUAGGUUUCCAGACCUUCAUUGAUUAUAAAUUAAUUAACAGAGAGGGAAACGGGCGGCCUCUUUCUCUCUGCAAACUUUCUGAUUACAGCUUAGUCCAAGUGGUUGACAGCUCUAAGCAGCCAUGACUAGGCACUUCUCGCUGAACACACCUGUUGUCGCCAGCAAUCUAGGCGUGCAGUGAGCCAACAUAUUUGCCAUGUGGACUUUCCUUUGAGCCACGUUUGUCGCACUGCUGUUGAAGUGCUUCCGCUUUUGCUGGUAUACGAAAUCAAUUGCAAAUACAAAUACAAGCAAAGCAAACAUAAUGAGAAGGAGUAGAUAGCAUAUACUAAAUAAUAAUAUAUAAUAAUAAUAAUAGUAAUAGUAGACGUAGUCAGGCAGGAGGCACCGUUAACAAACACCCACAGGCUAGACUGGCCCAUGAUCGUGUGAAUUUAUUGCUUAAUCAUGCGCCUUUUAAGCCUCACUAUUCGAAAUGUAAAUAAAUGCAAAUGCUGCUGCAGCUUUAAA